AACUGAAGUGAAAUGAAAUUCCAAAAAAAGCCUUUGUUUGUUUGUAAAUAAUAAUCCUAAUUUGACAGGAUCCCCCUCAUUUUCAAUUUUUAAACUUAACUUUGCAGGGCCAUUUAUUCUGUUUGUUUAUUGUAUCAGCAUGUAGAAGACCAGAAUUUCUAACAGAAGAAUUAUUUAUUUUUUGAAACAUCUGAUUUUUCAACUUACAUAGAAAAUCUGUAAUACAUGUCUCGCAAACUUAUUUUCGAUUUUUCAAAAAUCUAACCUUUCGAUCAAUCGUGAUCGAGGGUUAGAGUUAUGCCCAAGAUGACAUUUUCUUGUUUUUAAAUAAUGACAAUUUUAUAUACUUUUUUUGUUUCAUAGUUUUCUAAAUUUAGUUGAUGGCUAGCCAAUUAUCUGGAAUCGCUAUAAUUCUCUUUAUUGCCUUUGGGAGCGUUACAGUUAUAUUGUUGUUCAUUUUUGCAAAGAGACAGAUAAUGAGAUUUGCUUUAAGAUCAAGGCGUGGACCUCAUGCAUCUGUUGGAUCAGGUGCUCCAAAGUCACUGUGCAGAGAAAUUGAUAGGCGACUUAAUGCCAUCGAUCACAUCAAAAGUGAGCCUUGGUUACUAAAAAGUACAAAUAAGCAGUUGUUUGAAAGUGAAGAUAUUACACAAUUGACACCUCAUUUGUAUCGGAUGAAAGUUAUUGAUGAUGUUAAAGAGUUAUGUCGCUUAAUAAAGAAAGAAAAUAUUGCCAAAUCCCGCCAUAUCCAGGAAGAUGUACUUCAUUAUUUUGUAAGACUUCAUAGAAAUAAUGUGUUCCUUAAUAUAAAUAUACAAGUUUUGUACAAAUUUUUAUCUCUCUAUGAGCAUGCCAGAUAUCAAGAUGAGGUUUUUUCAUAUCAAGAAUAUUGCCAGUUUACUGAACUUUUGAACGAAUUAAAGAAAAACUUCAUUCACUCAUAUGAUGCUUCAAAGAGUGCCACAGAAAACACACAUUUUGCAGAGAAGAAUCUGAAAGAUGAGAGCUUUGAGCCUCUUUUGAUAAAUACUUUUUCCUCUUCCACCGAAAGUCUCACCAACAAGUUUACUAACGAGACGACCGUCUGACAAUUCCAUAUAUUUUUUUUUCUUACUAUAUAUGUUUGUUUGUGAUAAUGAUAUUUUUAAAGAUGUCUUAUAAAUGUUAUGUCAAUAAAAUAUUUAUUGGAUGGUAUAA